AUGGCGACCCCAAAACCUUUGUCGCAUGACGAUUAUACUGUUGGGUGGAUAUGUGCUUUACCUGUCGAGGCCGCGGCAGGCAAGGCUAUGCUCGACGAUGAGCACCAAUCACUGCGUCAGGAGAAACAUGACUACAACAAAUACACGCUUGGACGCGUUGGGUGCCACAAUGUCGUCGUCACCUGUCUUCCUGCCGGAGUUCCUGGAACGAAUGCGGCUGCCAUUGUGGCCACGCAGAUGUUCCGAACCUUUACCCAGAUCAGAUUUUGUUUGAUGGUGGGAACCGGAGGUGGUGUUCCCAGUCACGAACACGACAUUAGACUUGGCGAUGUAGCUGUUGGUCUCAGCGUUGUUCAAUAUGACUUCGGAAAAACUGUACAAGGUGGAAAAUUUCACCACACAGGGCCGUCGAAUAGACCGCCCAAUUUUCUUCUCGCUGUCGUAUCGGAGCUGAGAGCGAAGCACAUGUUGGAGGGAACUGAUUUAUCGGGCCACUUAUCCAAGGCCUUUGAAAAGUACACCAAGAUGGCGGCGACUUUUACCUUUCCUGGGCAGGAGCACGAUUUUAUCUACGAGUCCGAUUUUGAUCACCCAGAAGGCCUCGACGACUGCUCGCAAUGCGAUAAACAGCGGCUGGUGCCUCGCUCAACUCGCUCUGUGCAGGAGCCGGUCAUCCACUAUGGUCCCAUUGCCUCAGGCAAUCAGGUGAUGCGGCACGGCGCAACAAGAGAGAAGCUGAGGAAGCAGGAAGGGGUGGUAUGUUUCGAAAUGGAAGCUGCUGGACUCGUCGAUGUUUUCCCAUGCCUUGUGGUCAGAGGUAUUUGCAACUAUUCUGACUCGCACAAGAACAACAAAUGGCAACCGUAUGCGGCGGUCACAGCGGCUUGCUUUGCUAAGGAGUUUCUGUCAGAAAUUGAGGCAGUUCAUGCUCAAGAGGUGCGCACAGCGGCUGACACCACGGAAACCUUCCACGCCAUUAACAGGAUUCAGUCGCAAAAUACUUUAUUUCAGACGUCGUCGCCAAUGCCGCUUGCAGAGACUCGGCAAAUGCAUACUGGGGCCUAUCAACUUGAUGAUAGCUCAAAUUCUGUUCUCGCCGGCUUAUCCAGACUCGACAGUCAAAAGAUCACAUCUUUCAAAAUUUGGAAGGGAUGA